AAUCAGGCACGCGGUUGGAGCGGAAAGGGCGGCUUCCGGGAUGUGGCGGGGUCUUUGUCUCUCGCUGCAGCCGGAGUUCCUGGUCUCGUCUUCGCGCUUCUGUGUCCUCUGCUCGUAGAGGCCCAGCCUCUGUGGUCCUGUCACCUGCAGGUAUUGGGAAUCCACAGCUAAGAUGCCAGGACCCCUUGGAAGCCUAGAAGUGGGAGUGUUGACAUUUAGGGAUGUGGCCAUAGAAUUCUCUCUGGAGGAGUGGCAAUGCCUGGACACUGCACAGCAGAAUUUAUAUAGGAAUGUGAUGUUAGAGAACUACAGAAACCUGGUCUUCAUGGGUAUUGCUGCCUCUAAGCCAGACCUGAUCACCUGUCUGGAGCAAGGAAAAGAACGUUGGAAUGUGAAGAGACAUGAGAUGGUAGCUGAACCCCCAGUUGUAUGUUCUUAUUUUGCCCAAGACCUUUGGCCAAAGCAGGGCAAAAAAAAUUAUUUCCAAAUGGUACUGAGAAGAUAUAAAAAAUGUGGAUGUGAAAAUUUACAGUUAAGAAAAUACCGUAAAAGCAUGGAUGAGUGUAAGGUGCACAAAGAAUGUUACAAUGGACUUAACCAGUGUUUGACGACUACCCAGAACAAAAUAUUCAGUGACAAAUAUGUGAAAGUCUUUCAUAAAUUUUCAAAUUCAAACAGACAUAAGAUAAGACAUACUGGAAAGAAAUCUUUCAAAUGUAAAGAAUGUGAAAAGUCAUUUUGCAUGCUUUCACACUUAGCUCAACAUAAAAGAAUUCAUAGUGGAGAGAAACCCUACAAAUGUAAAGAAUGUGGGAAAGCCUAUAAUGAGGCCUCAAACCUUUCUACACAUAAAAGAAUUCAUACUGGAAAGAAACCCUACAAAUGCGAACAGUGUGGAAAAGCCUUUAACCAGCUCUCACACCUUACUACACAAAUUCAUACUGGAAAGAAACCCUACAAAUGUGAGGAGUGUGGCAAAGCUUUUAACCAAUCUGCAAACCUUACUACACAUAAGAGAAUUCAUACUGGAGAGAAACCGUACAAAUGUGAAGAAUGUGGCAGAGCUUUUAGCCAGUCCUCAACCCUUACUGCACAUAAGAUAAUUCAUGCUGGAGAGAAACCUUACAAAUGUGAAGAAUGUGGCAAAGCUUUUAGCCAGUCCUCAACCCUUACUACACAUAAGAUAAUUCAUACUGGAGAGAAAUUCUACAAAUGUGAAGAAUGUGGUAAGGCCUUUAGCCGGUUAUCCCACCUUACUACACAUAAGAGAAUUCAUUCUGGAGAGAAACCCUACAAGUGUGAAGAAUGUGGCAAAGCUUUUAAACAAUCCUCAACCCUUACUACACAUAAGAGAAUUCAUGCUGGAGAGAAGUUCUACAAAUGUGAAGUAUGUAGCAAAGCCUUUAGCCGGUUCUCACACCUUACUACACAUAAGAGAAUUCAUACUGGAGAGAAGCCCUACAAAUGUGAAGAAUGUGGCAAAGCUUUUAACCUAUCGUCACAACUUACUACACAUAAGAUAAUUCAUACUGGAGAGAAACCCUACAAAUGUGAAGAAUGUGGCAAAGCUUUUAACCAGUCCUCAACUCUUUCUAAACAUAAGGUAAUUCAUACUGGAGAGAAGCCCUACAAAUGUGAAGAAUGUGGCAAAGCUUUUAACCAGUCCUCACACCUUACUACACAUAAGAUGAUUCAUGCUGGAGAGAAACCCUACAAGUGUGAAGAAUGUGGCAAAGCCUUUAACAACUCCUCUAUUCUUAACAGACAUAAGAUGAUUCAUACUGGAGAGAAACUCUACAAACCUGAAAGUUGUAACAAUGCUUGUGACAACAUUGCAAACAUUUCCAAAUAUAAAAGAAAUUGUGCUGGUGAGAAAUAAUAGAAAUAUGAAUGUGACAAAGCCUUUAAAUGGUUAUCACACUGGAUUGUAGGUAAGGUAAUUCAUUCUGGAGAAAACUUCUACAAGUGUGAAUGAACAGUGUGGCAAAACUUACACAAUGCUCAAACCUUAUUGCACAGGAAAGCCUUUAUACUUGAGAACAAAUGUACAAAUAUAAAGAAAGUAAAAAAGUGAUUAAUA